CGAGUGUGACAAGACUAGCAAUAAGUGGGUACUAGAGAGAGAUGAGGAUGAGAGGCACAGAGAAUCAGUGAGAGAGAGUUAAAGAGCGAGUGACAUAGUGGAAGAGAGAGAGAGAAGGAGUGAUGAUAAGAGAAAACUCUCUCCAUGAGUCGUUCCUAUGAACCACCCUCCAUCACUCAUAGCACCCACACAAACGGUCCGAAUUUCUUGAGAAUUCUGUCUCACUCAGUUCGCUCACGACUCAGUCGGGGGGUCGCUUCUCCCCCCAACACGACCGCGUUAGUGCCGUGUGCAUAGUGAGUAGUGACUACACGACGGAAGGUGUUCCAAAUCAUCAUUCGAAAUUGUGGUAGCAAGUGAGUGUUCUGUGCUCUACCAACCGACCAGCCAACCGACGACUUCUUCGAAAAGGUUUCACCAAGAGACUCCCAAAGCAACCUUUCAAAAUGCCUUUCAAGCCCGUCGAGAACCCCAAGUGCCCAAAGUGCGGAGGAUCAGUGUACGCCGCCGAGGAGAGGGUAGCUGGAGGACUCAAAUGGCACAAAAUGUGCUUCAAGUGCGGACUGUGCGGUAAGUUCCUGGACUCGACCAACUGCUCGGAACACGACGGCGAACUGUACUGCAAGGUGUGCCAUGCCCGCAAGUUCGGACCAAAGGGAUACGGAUUCGGUGGCGGCGCUGGCUGUCUCAGCAUGGACAAGGGAGAACACUUCGGAAACGUCGAAUCGACUCAGGCGACCAGUGCGCUACAACCGAAGGCGAUUGCCAAGGCACCCGAGGGUGAGGGUUGUCCCCGAUGUGGCGGAUUCGUGUACGCUGCCGAACAGAUGCUCGCUAGAGGACGUGGCUGGCAUAGAAGCUGUUUCCAUUGUGCCAAAUGUAAACGCACAUUGGACUCUCUGGAGCAUUGUGAUGGUCAUGACAAAGAAAUCUAUUGCAGAAGGCUGGCAUCGUGAGUGUUUCAAAUGCUAUACUUGCACUAAGGGACUUGACUCGCUCUUGUGUUGUGAGGGACCCGAUAAAGGCAUUUACUGCAAAGUCUGCUACGCAAAGAAGUUUGCUCUGAAGGGAUACGGCUAUGGACAGGGUGGGGGAGCCCUGCAGAGUGACCCAGCUUACGUCAAUGGUGAGAUGCAGCCACUGCACACAACAGUUCUGGACACAUCAAUUAUCAAGGCUAAGCCCGGACAGGGUUGCCCUCGCUGCGGUGGAGUUGUAUUUGCUGCUGAGCUCGUCUUAUCCAAAAGUAGAGAAUGGCAUCGCAAAUGCUUCAAGUGCAGAGACUGCCACCGAGUGUUGGACUCGAUCAUCGCCUGCGACGGACCAGACAAGGACGUUUACUGCAAAACUUGCUACGGAAAGAAAUGGGGACCUCACGGCUAUGGAUUCGCCAACGGUGCUGGAUUCCUGCAGACAGAUGGACUCACAGAGGACGAGAUUUCUGCGACAAGGCCGUUCUUCAACCCAGACACAACUUCCAUCAUGGCCGCUUCUGGAGAAGGUUGCCCCAGGUGCGGAGGAAAAGUGUUCGCCGCUGAGCAACAGCUGGCUAAGGGAACGAUGUGGCACAAGAAGUGCUUCAACUGCCGCCAAUGUCACCGACCUCUGGACUCGAUGCUAGCCUGCGACGGCCCCGACAAGGAGAUCUACUGCCGCGCCUGCUACGGAAAGAACUUCGGACCCAAAGGCUUCGGCUAUGGUCACGCCCCCACCCUCGUGUCCACCGCUGGCGAGUCCACAAUUCAGUUCCCUGAUGGAGGACCCAUGACAGGACACAAGGCAGCUGAAGGAAAGGGCUGCAGGAAAUGCGGAUAUGAAGUUUAUGCCGCUGAACAGAUGAUCAGCAAGAAUGGAUUGUGGCACAAACGCUGCUUCGCCUGCCUAGAAUGCCGCAGGUCCCUGGACUCAACAAGCCUGAACGACGCCAUUGACGGAUACAUCUACUGCCGCGGCUGCUACGCUCGCAAGUUCGGACCCAAGGGAUGCGGGUUCGGUAUUGGUGCCGGCGCACUCACUAUGGCUUGAAUCCACCAACUAGUUGCUAAUCAAUAUUAAUUGUAAAUUAUAUCAGUAACGGAUAAGAGUAUCAACAUCCGAAUCAAUUGUAUCAAAGUUCGACUUCAAAUGUGUUAAGAUCCAGAAGAAAAAUAGACUGAAGUAAUACGUUGAGAUGAUGGAAGUUUCAGCAGAGAUAGUAAUUACGGUUCUGAAAAAAUUGCUGGGUGUUUGUAGAUGGUUCAUGAUUCUUACUGUACUGAUAAUUCCCAUAUGCCAAUGUCAAUUAAUUAUUAGUUAUAUAAAUUAAGGAUACAUUUACGGUCCAACCCUGAGUGUACAAGUCUCCAAAAUAAACAUGAAAGUAGAAGAUACACAAUCAAUAAUUAUCACAAAUAAUUAAUAAAUAAACGACCCUGAGUGUAUAAAAAUUCAAUAUGAACAUGAAUUACGAUACACAAUCAAUAAUUACUGUGUAGAGCGACACAUACAAUCAUCGUGACUGAUCACUGGUAUUCAGACUGAUAGAAAUUUAUUUUUGUUAUACGAAUUGGAGCAAAAUAAGUUAAUCUUGAAACUUCGUUACAUGUUUUUAAUAACAUCGGUUAUUGUGAAAGUAGGCUAUUGUCUUAGAGGAACUAACAUUAGACCAAAAAGAUAAAGUUAAUAUUAUUCUGCAGUAUGUUAUCAUUGGAUUCUAGUAAAAUUCUGAAAUGAUUGAAGAGUAUUCGUUUCACUUGAAUCUUCAUUCUCUACCGGUUGGUAUCACAUGAUUUAACUGAGCAAGAAUAGAGAAUAUUUUAUAAUGAUUUAUGAAUAUUCUAAGAGAAGAUAGCUAGGGGAGAAUUCGUUUGUCACUUCUACUUUGAAAAGUUACUUGAUUAUUUGCAAGUAUUCUUGGUCAAGUUGGAACUGAGGAAGUUGUAAAAUAUGUCAGGAACGUGGAUACCUAAUGACGUUGAUAGGUAGCAGUGUGAUGAAAUUAUUACUGAGAAAUGUUGGUAAUUUGAAAGUGAAGGAGCUAAGAGGUAAAUAUAUGUCUCAAGGCAUAACAUCGUCAAGACAUGCUAAACAGCUCUAUGAAAAAAAUCAUAAUAAAUAAUUUGAAAUUAUGAUCAAUCAUCCAUGGAGAAUGAUUGAACUAUCUAUUACAAGGGAUUAUUGAUGAGUCUAGUGGUUUGGACCCCACUUAGACGAGUGUUAUCUUGUAGCCUAGUUCUAUUGAUCUCAAGACUAGUUUGAAGUGAAAGUGGCAAUGACUAAGAAUCUGAUGAUGAAUCCAUUUGAUGAUAUAUGAUAUAGGUACUCGCUUGACUUAUGACAUCAUUCAUAAAUUCCAAUAGGAAAUGGAAGUACUUCUUGAUAGAUUACUUGAUUGAUGAGACUGUCAGUUUUAACAAUAAUUAAAUUUCGGGGUAGUUCAAUUUCCUAAAGUUUAAAUAUAUCACUGAUAAUUAUCAUGAAUCAUCUAUAAAUGAGUUACUGAACAUCUAUAACCCAUGAACAUUUUAAAAUGAAUAUUGUAUUUAAUUAUGAUUCUUUUUAAAGCUGUAACAAUAAUUUUGAAGGUUCGUACCAAUUAGAGAAGAACUAUAAGAUUUCGAGGAGUUUAAGAACUUUCCUACUGACAUAAUUAUUGCAGUAUUCUUAGACUAUUAUUCCAAAUUCACGGUGAUAUUUCACAGUGUUUCCUCGGAAUUAGGGAGUUUAUUUGCAGGAAUUUACAUUCCACUGGAGAGUAAAAGACAGAAUAAUGUCCUUACACUCUCUUACAAGAUUUUCCCUCUUCUCUAGUUGAUAAACGCCUUCGAAUCUCUGCUAAAGAAACGUACACUUCAACAUCAUGUUUUUUCACUUCAAUCAAAUCAACGUAUAUUAGAAUUGUUGAGGUGGCGAGUCGAAUAAUAUGAAAAAAUUAUUGUAAUCACAUAUGCUUCAUUUAUUUAUUAUGAUUAAUCAACAUUUUCAACUAAUAUAGCAUAUUAUGCACUGUAUAAAUAUUUUUAGCAAAGAAUUUGAAUACAGCCAGUCAUGCUACCAUUUAUUGUGUAAUUCAUCUAGUAUUUGAAUGAUAUUUCAUUGCUUUAUAAUCGCUGUAGCUGAAAAUAUAUUAUUUAUAGCCUACUCACCCUAGGAUGUUGUUAUAUUAUAAGGAAUUCUAUUAGGCCUACUACUAGUCGACAUUGUAAGCAAUACAUUCUUACUCAAAUUUAGAAUAAUAGGUAGUAUAUAAGUGAAUGAAGCAUACAUAUAUCACCAUAAAACAUUAUGUAAACUAUUUCACUCAUUAUCUACGAUCCAUUGGGCUGGUGGAUGAUCAAUGUAAUGUAAAUUUUGACGGUUGUAAACCUUAUCGAAGAAAACGAAAGUACAUUGUGAAAUGUACACGAAUCAAAGAGGAAAUAACGAAAACAUCUAAAAGUAUUGAAAGUUUGCCGGAAAGAUUUUGAGACUGUAUCAAGUAUGUAGCAACAGUUGGUAAAAUAUUUGAGAAGAGAUUGCUUUCAGAAAUCUCUCCUUGCAAUGAUUUUCCUCUUUGAACGAACGAAUUACUGAAACUUUUAUCUUUUUCAGUUUCUUUUUGUUUCAACUUUCAAGAGGUGAUUUUUGUUUCAAAGAAAAUAAUUAUCCAAUCAGUUCUCCAACUUUAGAUCUAGUCACACAUUGUAUUAUCAUAUUAUUGUAAUGGACUUUUCGAUUAUAUCUUGCUUUGAAAAGUUAUUAUCAAACACAGCGAAUAUAAUAACGCUUAUGCAUUUUUCAAUUAUUCUCGGUUUUGCGGUUCAUUUAUCAUUUUCCAAUCUUCACGUAUUAUAUUAAAUUGUUUUGAAAUAUUAUUUUUAUUAUUGUUUAGACUUUAUGAUUUGUGGCGAAUAAAUAUUUUGAAAAAUGA